CGUUCGGGCAGAGCAGAAACUUGGGCUUGGGCUUUUUACACAUACGCAAACACUUAUUUGUCACUCACUUCUUCCUCUUUCAAAAAACGGCUCAUCAUCUGAUCAUCACUUCCAAAAUAAAUGUGGUGGUACAAAGGGAGGGGUUACUUUGGUUCCGGCUUUGGUUGCAUUCGGGGCAGUGCGAACUGGCUGAGGAUUGCCCCCAUGCGUUAGAUCAUUGGUACCGAGUACAAUAUUACAGAGUUCUUUGUUGGGCGAACCGCUCUAAGCGCAAGCGCAUGAUCGGAUAGCUAUAGAGAACCACAUGUUUAGCUAGCUGCGCAAUAUUGAUCGCACUUUGACACUUGACUGAACUCAUCCUGAAUAAUUGCACAUGCGAUGAUUAAUAUCUUGGAUUUUUGAGAGGGAAUCAUUUUGUGAGGCUUUACAUGAGUUUUAUUUAGCUUGAAAUAGUUCAUAAUAACAAGAUGUCAGAAGACUGGGAUGCCCCUUCGUCGUCGGGUGGUACCAGCUUUGAAAAGAAAAGUUAUGGUGGAUCAAGUUCAGGAUUUGGAUCUAAAGCCAAUGGAUUUGGCAUUGGAGUUGGACGAGGCCGAGGAAGGGGUCGUGGGUUCCAAUCCUUUGCAGAGCAAGGUGGUGUUGGUGGUCUGACCAACGGUACGACUAACAGUACCAGUAAUGGAGGAGAUAGUGGGUGGAACGAUUCCCCUUCUAAUGGUACCAGUAGCAGUCCUUGGGAUGAUAGCAGUAGUAGUGGAGCUGGCAAGCGUAGCUUUGAGAGCAAGAGUAGCUUUGGUGGUGGAGGCGGCGGAGGACGGGGUGGUCGAGAUAGAGGUGGACGUAGUUUUGGAGAUUCUGAAAAUGGAGGAGGAGGACGUAGUUUCGGCAGACGUGAGGGAGGUGGUGGUGGUAGCAGUGGUGGUGACCGAGCUUGUUAUAAUUGCGGUGAAACGGGUCACAUGUCGAGAGAAUGUCCUACCAAAGAAUCAGGUGGAGGUGGUGGUGACAGGGCUUGUUAUAGUUGUGGUGAAACGGGUCACAUGUCUAGAGAAUGUCCCACAAAAUCGUCAGGUGGAGGUGGUGGUGACAGGGCUUGUUAUAGUUGUGGUGAAACGGGUCACAUGUCUAGAGAAUGUCCCACAAAAUCAUCAGGUGGAGGUGGUGGUGACAGGGCUUGUUAUAGUUGUGGUGAAACGGGUCACAUGUCUAGAGAAUGUCCCACAAAAUCGUCAGGUGGAGGUGGUAGUGACCGAGCUUGUUACAAUUGCGGUGAAACGGGUCACAUGUCGAGAGAAUGUCCUACCAAAGAAUCAGGUGGUGGAGGUGGCGGUGGUGGUGGUGGUGGUGGUGGGAAUUGCUUUAGAUGUGGAGAAUCAGGCCACUUCGCCAAGGAGUGCCCCAAUCCAGAUACAAGAACUGAAGGUGAAGGUGGAGAAGCCAAGCCACCUGCGUCUACCUAUAUCCCUCCUCCCCCUUCCGAAGAAGAAGAACAGAUAUACAUGAGCACGCAGCAGGGUAUCAACUUCAACAGGUAUGAUGAUAUCCCGGUAGAAGUCAGCGGUCGGGACGGGCCCAAACAUAUACGAUCAUUCGAGGAGGCGGGGCUAGACGAGACGGUGUUGGAAAACGUACGCAAGGCCCGUUAUGCCAAGCCGACACCUGUACAGAAGUACGCUAUACCGAUCAUCGGUGCUGGUCUUGACCUCAUGGCAUGCGCCCAAACGGGUUCCGGGAAGACGGCGGCCUUCCUCCUCCCUAUCAUUACCAACAUGAUCACUCAAUCGGGCUGCGUCAGUUGCUUCAGCGUGGUUCAAGAACCUCUUGCACUCAUCGUGUCGCCUACCCGCGAGCUUGCCAGCCAGAUCCAGAACGAGGCACGCAAGUUCUGCCGCAACACCAGCCUACGACCCGUGGUGAUCUACGGUGGCACCAGCGUUUCGCAUCAGACCAGGGAAGUUCAGAAUGGAUGUUCAAUUCUCGUUGCAACACCUGGACGUAUGCAUGAUUUCAUUGGCAGAGGACAUAUUGGCCUAGGUAAACUGAAGUAUCUGAUCCUUGACGAGGCUGACCGCAUGGUGGACAUGGGCUUUGGUCCCGAGAUCCAGAAGCUCAUUGACCACCCGCACAUGCCUCCGAAGGGUGAGCGUCAGACCCUGAUGUUCAGUGCCACCUUCCCCCCUGAGAUCCAGGAGAAGGCUGGGAUGUACCUCAACGACUAUCUCUUCUUGACUGUCGGCAGGGUAGGAGGAGCUGCCUCUGACAUCGAGCAGAGGGUGCUCUCAGUCAAGCAGUAUGAGAAGCGGGAGAAGCUGAUGGAGAUCCUCAGGGAUCAAAAUGAGGAUGAUCGUACCUUGGUGUUUGUUGAGACGAAGAGGAAUGCAGAUUUCUUGGCUACUCUUCUGAGUCAGUCUGACUUCCAUGCUACAAGUAUACAUGGUGACCGUCAACAGCAGGAGCGUGAAGAAGCUUUGCGAGAUUUCAAGAUCGGCCGUGCACCAAUCCUCGUUGCUACGUCAGUUGCCGCCAGAGGUCUCGACAUCCCAAAGGUCAAGCAUGUUGUCAACUAUGACCUGCCUAGCGACAUUGACGAGUAUGUGCAUCGUAUUGGGCGUACCGGUCGUGUCGGAAACACUGGAAGAUCGACUAGCUUCUAUGAUGCUGACAAGGAUGCUAGUAUUGCCAGGGCUCUUAUCAAGAUCUUGGCUGAUGCUUCUCAAGAUGUACCCGAGUUCCUAGAGGAGGCAGCUGAUUCAGCUAUUGGAACAUACCAUGGUAAUGCCGGUGGAAGCUUUGGAGGCCGUGACACCAGAAAGUUUGGUGGACGUGGAGGUGGAGGAGGAGGAGGAGGGGGCGGCAGUAGUUUCGGUGGAAACUCCGGAGGAGAUGAGUGGGGAUCUGGAGGAGGAGGAGACGGCGGAGGAACUGUGGAUGAAUCAUGGGAUUAGGCUGCCAUGGUGAUCGGAAGAUUAUCUCCCAAGUUUGAUAAAUGCGUUGAUCAGGAGGAGACAUUCAAAUGAGAUUCUUUCCCAAAGAGGACAUUUAUUCAUAAACAUUUGUGUUAAGCAGUGAUGUGAAAGAGAACAAUUCAUUUGGACAUGUUCGAUCCUGAAAGGGCAGCCACCAGCCGAAUCAGAAAGUGUAAAGCAAGGAGGAUUAGAGCUCUUUGUUUGGAAUAUUGCAUCAGAAUAUUCCCCCAGACUUGUUCACAAAAAAGGAUGUAAGCAAAUCUUU